AUGCCUCGUGUUAGAGAAGGAAAGAAAAAGGAAGUCCAACCCGUCACCAGAGAUUAUACCAUUAAUCUCCACAAGAGACUCCACGGAAUCCAGUUCAAGAAGAGAGCUCCCAGAGCUAUCAGAGAAAUCAGAAAGUUCGCUGUUGCUGAGAUGUUCACUAAGGAUGUGAGAGUUGACACAAGCUUAAACAGAUUUUUGUGGAGCCAAGGCAUCAGAAACGUUCCAAGAAAGGUCCGUGUUAGAAUCAGCAGAAAGAAGAACGAGGAUGAGGAUGCCAAGGAAAAGUUCUACAGCUUGGUGCAGCACUUGCAAGUUGAUUCCUUCGAAGGACUCAAGACUGAAAAGGCCUGA